GCAAAACAUUAUAGUCACGUGACAAAACCAACAUGGCGCUGUGCUGUGCAAUUAGUAAUGAAGUACCCGAGCAUCCAGUGCUCUCCCCAGUUUCCGGCCAUGUGUUUGAGCGCCGCCUGGUGGAGAAGUACAUCCAGGAUCAUGGCAACGACCCAAUGAACGGAGAACAGCUGGCAGUGGAUUUGCUGGUUGAUAUCAAAACUUCUCCACUUGUUAAGCCCAGGCCCCCAUCAGCAACAAGUAUUCCGGCCAUUCUGAAAGCACUUCAAGAUGAAUGGGAUGCUGUCAUGUUACACAGCUUCACACUGAGGCAGCAGCUGCAGACCGCCAGGCAAGAGUUGUCCCAUGCCUUGUACCAGCACGACGCCGCCUGUCGUGUGAUCGCCCGUCUCACCAAGGAAGUUACGGCUGCCAGAGAAGCCUUGGCCACACUGAAGCCCCAGGCUGGUUUGCCAGCAGGGCCCGGAGGAUACCCACAACCAGCACAAGCACCGGCGUACGCUGCAGAAGCUGGUCAGGAGGGGAUCCAGCCCGACAGUCAGAUGGAGGAGGUCGGCAUGUCAGAGGAGGUCAUUCAGAAGCUGUCGGACCGAGCUACACUGCUUACAGCGGAGCGUAAGAAGAGAGGCAAAACAGUUCCCGAGGGUUUGGCCACGACAGAAGACAUCCGUCAAUACAGACAGCUGGCUUCUCACACUGGUCUUCACAGCGCCAGUGUUCCUGGUAUUCUAUCGAUGGACCUCUGUCUCCGGGAUACGUCCAGGAUCGUUACAGGGGGCAAUGACAAGAACGCUGUGGUGUUCAACAAGGACACGGAGCAGGUGAUGGCCAUCCUGAAGGGACACACCAAGAAGGUCACCAGCGUCAUCUACCAUCCAGAGGAGGAACUUGUGUUCUCGGCAUCCCCCGACUGUACGAUCCGAGUGUGGGGCAUCACUACGGCCCAGUGCGCCCAGAUCAUCCGUGCCCACGACUCCCCGGUCACCGGCAUCAGUCUCCACGCUACAGGGGACUUCCUGCUCAGCUGCUCACAAGACAUGCACUGGGCUUUCUCAGACAUCCGUACAGGCCGUGUUCUCACCAAAGUCUGCGACACAUCAUCGGGAUCUGCCCCAGCGCUGACAUGUGCCCAGUUCCAUCCUGACGGUCUCAUCUUCGGCACCGGCACGGAGGACUCGGUCAUCAAGAUCUGGGAUCUGAAGGAGAGAACCAAUGUGGCCAACUUCCCUGGACAUCAAGGGCCCAUCACCAGCAUCGCAUUCUCAGAAAACGGUUACUAUCUGGCCACCUCUGCUGAAGACUCGGUCGUCAAACUCUGGGAUUUGAGGAAACUGAAGAACUUCAAGACAAUCCAGCUUGAUGACAGUUAUGAGGUGAAGAGUCUGACGUUCGACCAGAGCGGUACCUACCUGGCUGUGGCAGGAUCGGAUGUCAGAGCGUACCUGUGCAAGCAGUGGAGUGAACUGGCGGUGUUCAACGACCACACAGCAGCGGCGACCGGCAUCCGCUUCGGGGACAACGCGACCUUCAUGGCCUCCUGCAGCAUGGACAGAUCCCUCAAGUUCUUUGGCAUGCCUUGAGUUGGGAGAUCAUGGGUGUUCAUUUGUACAGAUCUUGAUAAAACUUGCUUUUAUCUGUGCUAACAGUCUUGUGAAUAGAAAAUCUCCACUUCUUUUAAUAAGAGGAUAAAGUCAGUGCCAACUUCUCUCUGUGCCUAGUGCUGCACAGACCUACCUAAGAUCAAUCAAUCUCUUAAUCCAUUUUUCUGAAAGGCACUUUGAUACGUUCAUAUAUUCUUCGUUAAUGUGAAAAGCAGAUCAGCCUGUUUCAUGAAUUGUUAAAUAUUGUUUGGGCAGCUUUUUUUGCAAGUAAACAGUACACUGGGACAACAUUUUGAAAACGGAUGUAAAUUGCUUUCAUGUUUUUACUGCUUCAUUGGGCAAGAAAAACAGGAUGUUCUUUUAACCUGAAAAAGCAUAAAUAUGAUGAUGAAUUAAGCUUGUCUUUGUACAGUGAAGUAUUAUGUACUCUCUGAGCUGAUGGCUCCGUAACAGAUUGAGCGAUGCCUAUUCACAAGGCUGUCUUUGAUACAAGUGUCAGUAGGACUUGUUAAUGGUAAGAUAACCAUCAACCACUGUAUGUAUUCAUGAAGAGGGGUUUCAUGCCAGGGUGUUUCAAGCUAGGCGGUCUUAGUCUUUGAGACUGCCAUACGAUCUGACCCCUGACCACUGACCCCCUUAGUACACAUGGACCCCAAAUAUUAAGCAAAAUGUGCCCCUCGACAUUUACACUUUUGCAUCCCUUCAUCCUUCACAUCAUCAUCAGGUUGCAGCUAAGCCAACUGCUUUCCUAGUUUGUUAACAGAUGUGGAGGAUUCACACAAGCGUUGUUCGAAAUUUAAGCACGAAAGUGAAGACAUCUCUGUCUUAGUGGUAAAUGAGUACGAGUCCUUAGAUUCACAAGCUGCAACAGCAGACUUCAUGGACCAAGGAGCUCCUUAAGUUUGAAUUUGUAUAGGAAGGCGCUAUUGCUAGAGAGACAUUUUCCUUGAGUCAAGGGACCAGUUACACAAAGUGAUCUUAGCGUUACCAUUGUAGUAAGUCUAUGUUAAAGUAUGGGAGAUACGAUUUUAGCGCUAAGACUUUGUGAGACAGGCCCUUGCUUUGCGGACUCAUGACUCUGCUAAGAUGGGAUCCAUGGGUAAUCCCUGUUGUUGGCAGACAGCAGGUGCCCCUCAUCCCUUUAAACAGCGGUCAUGUGAUUAUCAUGUGGUUAUCAUGAUUUUCAUGUGGUCAUGUGAUUAUCAUGUGGUUAUCAUGAUUUUCAUGUGGUCAUGUGAUUAUCAUGUGGUCAUGUGGUUAUCAUGAUUAUCAUGUGGUUAUCAUGAUUAACAUGUGAUUAUCAUGAUUAUCAUCAACGGCUGAAGAGAGAUGAGCCUAAGCUUGAUGUGACCAUGUAUUCAUACACAAGUAAAGCCUGUUUUGUUGAGGUAUUUCAUUGUAUCAGUUGUUAACAUGCAAGUUCCGGCUCAUUUUGGAUGAUGGCCAUUGAUGCGUUAUGUACACAAACUUUUACCUUUUUAACUAAGAAUGUAGAUUUUGAUGAGAAGUUCACAUGUUGUUUGAAAUGUUGGUUCUCUGACAAUGAGGGGCGGUCGGGUAGCCUAGUGGUUAAAGUGUUCGAUCGUCAAGCCAAAGACGCGGGGUCGAUUCCCAACAUGGGUACAAUGUGUGAAGCCCAUUUCUGGUGUCCCCCGCCGUGAUAUUGCUGGAAUAUUGCUAAAAGCGGCGUAAAACCAUACUGACUCACUCACUCUCUGACAAUGAGACUGGAGUACGACAUGACUGUUCCUCAUUUAUUGUGAAUUGAAUUGAGUCACAAUCUUUCACAUGAACCAGUGAGCAUUGUGACAAGCCUUGCUGAUGUAGGUGGUUUAUAUCUGUUCUUGUACUUAACUGACAAAUAGCACUGUUGCUGGUGUAGGCGUCAUAGGCUUAGUGCUGUCAACAUUGGGAGCAUUUGACUUAAUUCUGAUUAAAAAUAAUAAAUAAAAAUAAAUAAUUAAAUUAAUAAGUUGUCCCCCAGAAUCAUCGCAUUAAACUAUCAUCAGCACCACACUUUGAUAAUAUUGAUUGUUUGCAUCAUAGGGAAGGGUGAUCAGGGGUAGAAAAGGUCGUAAAAGGCGACUGUGCUUGUCGUAAAAGGUGACUAACAGGAUCGGGUGGUCAGGCUCACUGACUUAGUUGAUGCAUGUUAUCGUAUGCCAAUUGCGUGGAUCGAUGCUCAUGAGGUCAACCACUGGAUUGUCUGGUCCAGACUCGAUUAUUUUCAGACCGCCACCAUAUAGCUUGAAUAUUGCUGAGUGCGGCGUUAAACAACAAACAAACAAUAGCCCAGUGGUUAAAGCAUGGACAUUUACACUGACGACCUGUGUUUGAUUCCCUCAUGGGUAGUGAGUGAAACCUGUUAGUGUAUCAUGUCGCCAUUCUGUGUUCAUAAAUACACUGCACCCAUUUGUACCGUAAUCGUUUUGAACCCGAAUCCUUUGGCAUGAUGCCAAAAUAGCCAUCCAAUCAAAUAAGCUCUGUACAAAGUUAACGAUAGGGAUGCAAAUAGUGUUGAUUAUGAAAAUAGAGUGCAAAUUGAUCCAUUCAAGCCUUCCUUGCGGUCCGAGUUAUGGCUUUAUAUUGGACUGUUAUUGUAGUUAGGUCACUUCAGACAGGAAGCUAUUGAAGUGAUGGGGUGCAGGGUAUUUAUUGUGAUGAAUGGAGAUGUCAUACCCUGGAUUACUGAGGAUGGUAACUGGUGUCCCCUGCCUCUAUAUUCCAUUGUCAUUGAACCCAAUUCACUCCUUGAGAUACAAUAUUUUUCAUGUUAAUUUUAAUAUGUCUUGAUCAUCGUACACCUACCCUGGGUGUUUGUCCAACUGGUGGUUGUAACAGAUUCUGGCUCUUGCUUUCUAUGUUAAUAUGUGAGGGCGAUUUCAACCUGCUGAACAUGUUCGAAUAUUCCAUUUGUAAAUUGGUUCCAUAGUCAUGUUGGAAGGAGAUACAUUUUGCUGCAACAUCGAGAUUGGGCAGAACUGGAAAGUGCCCUGAAAACCUUCAUUUAUGUUUUCUGUGACAGUAAAUGUCAAUUUUAACAGAAUAAAUCAUGGUAAUUUCA